GGUUUCCUUGGGGUGGGUUUAGGGGCUGGUGUAGGUAGAGAUUUCCAUCUUUGCUUGGUGCUGGGGCCUCUGCAGGCCCCUGCUAGAGGCUGGGGGCUUUGCUAUGGCCCUAGCUCAGUCUCCGGCCUCUAGCCCUUCCCUCCAGCCUCAAGAUCUUCCCCGAGCCUCGCGCUUGCCUGCCCUCGACCCUAUGAAUGCAGCUGGUGCUCAGGAGCUGCAGGUGCUGCGGGUCCCAGAUGGAUCCGGCCACGCGUCCUGCGCCUCCACCCCCGGCGAGGACACGGUGCCCCCCAAGGCCAUGAUGCCCCUGCAGGCCUCCCCGACAGCCGACUCCGAUUGUACGCCCCGUGGCACCAUGGACCCCGGCGUCCUGGCCUUCCUGCCAGCCAAGAAAGAGGACCGGCCACAGCCCGAAGGCGCCAGCUGCGACGCCGCACUCGGUGGCAGCACGGCCGGCUUGACUGCCCUGACCGAGUGUGGCCAGGUCCUCCUGGAGACGCCCCCCAAAAUGUGUCUGGCCCCCAAGGGCUUGCAGGAGGCGCUGGCCCUGGACAUGCCCGACACGCGGAUAGUGAUGGGCGAGGAGACGCGAUGCAGCAGCAAGGAGGAGGAGGCUGGCGCGGAGCUGCAGGGCUUGCUAAUGGGCGCCAAGGCCGAGGAGGUGGCCUUGGCCGGAGGGGAGUCGAGUGACCACGAAGACCCCGGCUCGGAGGCGGCUGGGAAGCUCCCGCCCCAGGCGAUGCCGGCAGACUGUCCCAGCCCCGUACCAAAAGCCUCGGCUCAUGGCCCCACGUGCGCCAGCCAGGAGACGGGCGAGCUCGGCGAGGAGCUUGCGGACGUGCCGCUUUCUCAGGGUGAAACCACGGCUGAUGUGCCUUCCCCGUUCCCCGCGCCUGCCAAAGACCCCCCUGACGAGGUGGCCGGAGCAGAGGUCCCGCAAGCCAAGCCCGCCAGCGGCCUGGACCCCGACCUCUACUUCACGGCCCCCUCCACGCCAAUCAAGACGGUGUUUUCCCACCUCAAGCACCACCCCUACGCCAGGGACAGCCUGAGCGAGGAGCAGAACGACAUGGAGAACGAGGGGCUCUGCUCACCGCCCACCUCCCCCUCGGGCUCCUACAUCACGGCCGAGGGGGGCAGCUGGGCGUCCUCGGGCACCUCCAGCACGUCCCCGUCAUGCUCCCCCAACUUGAUGGCCGAGUCGGAAGCCAUGGAGACCCCCGCAGUCUACGGGGAGUCGCUGGAGGAACCGGCGAGGUUUCCCACGAGCUCCUGCCAGUCCCCUGAGGAGGAGGAGGAGGAAGAAGAGGAAGAAGAGGAGGGGGACGUGACUUUUGAUAGACUUUCAUCCGGAAAUGCAGCUCCCCUCUCGCUGCCGGCCGAGGAGGAGGAAGCUGAUGGUCAAACCACCCCGGAAGAAGAAGAGUGGGACUCUGAAACUGCUACCUCUGUUGCCCAGGUCCCCUCCAAAUUGCAGCUGGAGAUGUCAGGUGAGCGGCUUGUGGCUGAGGAAAAAGACUUUGACUUGCCUGGGCCUGAAAUGCAGCCCCUGGAAGUGGACAUCCUCACUUUGGACCAAGAGGGUGCCAGGCCUGCCGCCAAGGAGCCCGCAGCCGGCGGCUGCUCGCCCCUGGCUUUCCCCGGGCUGCACUCGGAGUCCAGCUGCUCCUCUGAGGCGGAGACGCCCAGCAGCCUGCAGGCAGAGACCACGGCCUCCUCGGCCGAGCUGCCGUCGGACUUCACGGAGAGCACGGACAACGACCACAUGAUCCCCGCUGUGCUGCUGCCCUUCCGCGGCAGCCUCCUCUUCGAGGCAGAGUCAAUGGAGAUCACGCUGUUCCCGCAGGGCGAGGUGGCGGAGAACGACGUGGUGUACGGGGUGGAGGACGACGACAGCACCUCGGCCUCCUUCCUGCACUCGCUCUCGGCAGAGUCAAUGGAGAUCACGCUGUUCCCGCAGGGCGAGGUGGCAGAGAACGACGUGGUGUACGGGGUGGAGGACGACGACAGCACCUCGGCCUCCUUCCUGCACUCCCUCUCGGAGACCUCCAUCAACGAGGGCGUGGACGAGUCCUUCGCCUACCAGGAUGACACAUCCCAGUCCUCGGACUCAGCCUCCUACAACGGCGAGGAGGAUGAGAAGCUGUACAGCACGGAGCAGUACGCUGUGGUGACCGACCCCGCGCGGGAGCCCGGGAAGCCGGCCGCCCCGGAGGACUCUGAGAGGGGCUCUUCCCCGUCAGGCAGCGAGAGCGAGAUGGAGACCUCCUCCGAUGCCUCGGACACCGACGAGGAGCGCGUGGCCUUCUCGGCGCUGGACCUGGAGCCGAGCAGGCUGCACCCUGCAGCCAUAGAGCUGCAACUGGAGGGUGACGAGGUAGAAGGGCCGGCAGAGGGCGAGGGGGAGAGGCCGCCGUCAGUCCCCAGCAAGGACAAUCCUGAGCUGAUCGCGGUGCUCGCGCCUGUCGCUGACCCAAAAGCAGCCGAGGAGUCUUUGGAGACUGUGAACCCGUCUCCAAGACCAGCCAGUGCUGUGGGCCCAGAGGAGCCACCUCCGCAGACCAAAUCGGACAGGGCAGACGACUCCCAGGCCGAAAUGGGUUCCUCUUCCGAGAGCUCCUUGGGACAACAGUCCUCGCUGUCUGACAUGCAAGAGGCCCUGGAGAAAGGGCUCCCCAGCGCUGGAGAGUGCCUGAUCGCCUGCUUCGACACAGAUGAGGAGGCCGAGUCCUUCCCUGGCCUGGAGAGCACGGAGCCGGGGGGCCAGCUGGCUCCAGCCGAGCUGUGGGAAGAAGAGGAGCCAGCGCCUGCUGCCGGGCAAGCUGGCGAUGCACCCGCAGUCGACAUCGGUGCCAGGCUGAGGGAGUCUGAAGCCCGGCUGCUGGAGCUCCUGGACCAAGACAGCACCUCCCCAGCAGGCACGAGGCAGUCGCCAGAGCCUGGCAAGGAUGAAAGUCUCUUCCAGGCCCUGCUGGGAGCCUCCGAGGCGGCGGUCUUGGAGCAGCCCGAAGUGUCCCGAGCUGACCGUGAGCCAUCGGGCGACAGCCCGGCCACCUUCUCCUCCGAGGAGCUGGAGGAGGCCUCGUCUCUAGACCAGGUCAACAACAAUGAGGAACAUGGGGAGCUGUUUGCAGCAGCCGAGCUGGAUUCCCAGCCGCCUCUCGAUUCGGACACCGCGCAGCCCCACGCAACCCCCGGCAGCCAGAGCGACCCUGUGGCCGUGCUUGAGCCGGCCCUCCCUCCUGGGGAGCUGGCGGAAACCCCGGCCUUGGACCUCCACGCGAUGCAGAAGGGGCUGCAGGAGCUGCAGAGGCAGGUGGAGGGCGGCGACACUUUCCUGCGGCCGCUUGGGAGUGGGCUGCCACGCCUGAGCUCGGAGCAGGAGAUCGAGAAGUACGUGAGGAGCUACUUCAGCACAGCCCAGUUCUCCCCGGCUGCCUCAAAUGGCACUGAACCGGCGCCCGGGCAAGAAGCCAUGAACCCGGAGCAGGACCAGGAUGUCCCCACCUUGCUUGGGCUGUGCUCAGAGCCAGGAGAGGCCAAAGAUGGCACCUUGAGAGAACCUCCCCUCCCUGCCUUGCCUGGCGACCAGGCGCCUGAUGCCAAUGGCAGCCUGGACCUUGAGCCAAGCGGAGAAGAGGAGCAGACGGUGGGAGCGGAUGAGGUGUCUGAACCUCAUGUAGGACCAAAGCACAGCGCCUCGCCGGCCCCUGCAGUGGGAGAGCUCCACCCGGCGGAGGGCGAGCCUGUGGACGUGACUGGGCCGGAAGUGGUGGAUGCAGGGGCUGGCCAUGAUCUGGCAGCCAGCUCUGGCUUCUCUGCCUCGGGAAGUGAGGAAACCAGCCAGACGGACUCGGUUUCUGAAGAGGUUUGCCCCUCGGUGCCCGGAGACCUGCACCCCACAGAUGACUCCUCCGCCCCAGGGCAAGCACUGCCGAUGCCGGACGCUGGCAGCCUAGAGAUGGACAUCCCCGACACCAGGGACGGCACCAUGAGCCCGCCAGGAGCCCUUGGUGAGCAUGAGCCCAGCACCGAAGACGACCUAUCGCUGUCGGAUCAAGACCUGUCUCUCUCCAUGAGCUCAAAUGAAGCUCUCAGAGAGGCACCAGGGCACACGGAGACCCCAGAGAGAGGAGCUGUGGCUGGGCCUGGAGACCUCCCUGAUGGAGAGAGAGAUCUGCCCCAGGAGCCGGCUGAGGAUGGCUCCCGGCUCCCGGAGCCUCUGGAAGAGGAGGUUGCUCCAGAUACGGAGCCGGGGCAGGAGGAGAGCGAGAGCCUCAGCAAUGCCCCGGAGGAUGAAGAGCCGUGCUUGGAAGCUGCCUCCGAAGGGGUCUGCCUCACGGACGAGGAGCAGGAGGACGAGGCUGUGCCCCCAGAGGCGCCCUGGGAGGCUUUGGAAGGAGGAGAUGCCGCAUCGGACGGGGGCUCCUCGGCCUUCAGUGAUGACCUGCCCAGCGAGGACUCCCUGGAAGGUGGGCAGAGCCCGGACCCUGCAGCUCCCCAUGUGGGGGCUGGUGAAGCGCCCGCCCCGGGCAGCCCACGGGAAGAGUCGGAUGUGACGGCGUCCUCCAAGGAGUCAUCCCCAGAGCCCCUGGACACCUCUCAGUCCUGUGCCCACACGGACUCCAGCUUCUUCACCGCCCCUGAGGAGAGCGCCGGGGACAGCGCAGGCGAGAGCACCUUGCUGGCCCACGAGGCACCGGCCCCAUGGCACGAGGAGACGCUGCUCGCCGACGCCGCCCUCCCGGUGGCGCUGGAACUGGAGUGCGGGCAAGGCGGCACGGCCUCUCCCCAGCCCUGCCGCAGCCCGUCGGAGGAGCCCAGCCCCUCUCCCGAGCCCUGCCUGGCUGUAAGCUUGCAUUACUCCUCCCUCCAACCGGCCCCGCGUGCCGCGGGCAUGGAGCGCGUCUGGCUGAGAGCCUCCGCCCCAGCACCUGGCGAGCCCCCGCUCCCACUGCUGUUCACGGCUUCGGAGCGGGAGAUCUACCUAGGGGAGCAGCCCCUCGCAGACACCGAAGCCCCCAGCCCAGAGCAUCCCGGGAUGAUGGAGGCGGAGGGAGAUGUUGUGGAGGUCGAAGCCGGGCCCGGCCCCCCCAGUGCCUUGCUGCAGGACCCAGCUGUGCUGGCAGCCUCCCAGAGGUUGAAGGAGCAGGAGCAGAUCAGCAGCAUGCUGCAGGGCUCCUUCGGGGACCUGAGGGCUUCGCCGCGGAGACCCUUGGCCGAGAGCAGCCUGCUGGUGACAGAGGCACAGGGUGUCCUUGCCAGCCUGAAGCGGGAGGUUUUCGAGAGCUCUUCUGGCAGCUCCACCCCGGUCUCCCUGGAGGCUGACGAAACCCAGGAAGAGGCGUUGGAGGCCACGGGCCCUUAUCACGCCCCGGAGAGCAUGGCUGUGGAGGAUGCAGCUGCUGCCCAGGUCCCCGAGGAGAGCAUCCCAACCCACGAGGAGCUGGAGAGUGUCCCCGAAGCUCUGCCCGGGCCCCUGGAAUCGGCUGAGGAAGCAGCUGGUGGCGAGUCAGUGAUGGCACUGGAGGAGCAGCCGGUGGAGGAAGGCUCCUCACUGCCCAGCAAGGUCCCCGAGGAGAGCAUCCCAACCCACGAGGAGCUGGAGAGUGUCCCCGAAGCUCUGCCCGGGCCCCUGGAAUCGGCUGAGGAAGCAGCUGGUGGCGAGUCAGUGAUGGCACUGGAGGAGCAGCCGGUGGAGGAAGGCUCCUCACUGCCCAGCGAGGCCCCCUCCGAGGAUGAAGUGACUCGGGAGACCCCACAUGAGGCCCCGGAGGAGUUGAUGGAGCUGGAGGAAGAGGAGCUGGAGGGCAAGAAGGGGCUGGAGGAGGCCGAUGGCGCCCAGGCCCUCCCUGAGCCUGCCCCGGCAGGGCAGCUGCUCGUGGAAGACGAGGAAGCCCAGCCGAGCCAAAGGCCCUCGGAUGCAGUCGCACUCCUGGGAGAGGAGGAGAAGCCCCUGAGCCCUGACGCACCCAGCCCGACACUGCUGGACCUCUCCGUGGAGCCCACAGCCGACUCCCAGCCGCCACGGUCUCCAUCGCUGGAGCCUUGCCCGAGCCCUGCCGCAGCCCCCGGGCCCGAAGCGGAGGAAGCAACGGAGGAGGCAGCCGCUGAGUCUGCCCCAGAGCCUUGCCCCAGCCUGGCACCUGCCCCCCUGCAGCCGAGCAGGCUGGAGCCUGCGGCACCUGAGCCUCGUGCCAUGGAGACGCAGGAGCCCUGCUCCCCACCGCCGGCCACUCCCCUCCUGCCAGCCCAGCUGGUCUCUCUGGAGCCAGAGCCAGAGCCGGAGCCAUGCCCCGGCCCAGCCCAGCCUGCCUCCCCCGGAGCCGCCAGACAGGAGCCUCCUGGUCCUCCGUGCUCCCAACUCAUCCAAGUGCCUCCCGCCCUCCUGUCUUCGCCGCCUUGCUCCAACGAGCGUCUGCAGGGCCCGCAGGACACCUCGGGGCUCCCCAUGGCCGAAGCCGGCGUGGCCGCGCGGGACGACCAGCCUGCACCGCUGGACUCCAGGAAGCGCUUGGAAGCGCUCGAGAGCCUGGUGCUGCCAGUCCCAGCCAAGGACAAGCCGCCCAGCAGCAAGGACCCCCGUGGCAGGCGCCCGGCCCCGGGCAGCAAGGAGCCCCGGGGCAAGGAGGUGGCGCCGGCAGAAGAGAGGCGAGCUCCCCGCAGUGCUGCGCCCUCCGAGUCGAGCUCGUCCAGUGAGGGGGAGCUGCCCUACCGCUGCCCCGAGAUCGAGAGCCUGCGCGAGGCGGCCGGCAUUGCGAUGCUGGAAGACAAGAAGCCACUGGCGGUGCCCAGGGGCCGCGAAGCCAACCACAAAGGGUCCUGCAACGACUCGGAGAGCAACGAGGAGUCCAUCCCCGAGCUGGAGGAGCCGGACAUCUCGGAGCCCCGGACAGUGCAGACUCAGGCCCAGCUCACGCACUCGAUGGGCACCGGGGAGGAGACCAUCAGCAAAGCAAAGCAGAGCCGCAGCGAGAAGAAAGCCCGGAAGGCCAUGUCCAAACUGGGGCUGCGGCAAAUCCAUGGCGUCACCCGCAUCACCAUCCGCAAGUCCAAGAACAUCCUCUUCGUCAUCACCAAGCCCGACGUGUUCAAGAGCCCUGCCUCCGACAUCUACAUCGUCUUCGGGGAGGCCAAGAUCGAGGACCUGUCGCAGCAAGUGCACAAGGCAGCGGCUGAGAAGUUCAAGGUGCCCAUGGAGCACUCGCCUCUGAUCACGGAGACGGCCCCCACCCUCACCAUCAAGGAGGAGAGCGAGGAAGAGGAGGAGGUGGAUGAGACGGGGCUGGAGGUGCGGGACAUCGAGCUGGUGAUGGCCCAGGCCAACGUGUCGCGACCCAAGGCCGUGCGGGCGCUGAGACACAACAACAAUGACAUCGUCAACGCCAUCAUGGAGCUGACGAUGUAGCGGCGGUGGCACCACGCCCUGUAUAGCUGCACAGUUCCUCCUCCUCCUCCUUGUCCUCAGCGAGCCGCCCCCGCUGCUCCAGAGCCGCACGCGCUGCUCGGUCCAGUCCGGCCGCCUCUGCCCUGCUGCUCAAUAAACGGCCUCGUGUAUCACUCCAA